AAGGACGUAGGCGGCGGCCACGUUUGGAGGCACUUGCCACUUGUCCCUCCCGAAACGUUCAUGCAAUUAUUGAUUUCAUUUCAUAGCUAUAAAUAUCUAGGCCGAUGAAUCUACUUUUAUCAUCAUCCAUCAUCAUUCAAGUCGGUAUUUGAUAAGUCUAGAGAGAAGGAGAGAGAAAGAGAGAGAGAGAUAUUGUUGUGUUGUGUGUUGAUGCCGCAUAUGUGGGUGUUGCUUCUGCUAACGCUAGUAUUGUUUGUGCUUGUGCUGGUGGUGGUAGCUGCACGUACUCAGUGAUCGAUGACGAACACGUCCACAAAGAAGCUAGUGUUGGCGGUGUUAGUGGCGCUGCUGGCCGUGGGAUGCAGCUCAACUGUCAAGGACGACGACGAGUCAUGGACGGAAUGGGCUAAAGACAAGAUCUCCGAGGGCCUUGGCUUCGGGGCUGAGGAUGCAGUCAAAAACUCCCAAGACAAGGUCGCCGACACAUCCAAGCACGGCUACGAUGCUACAAUAGACGCCGCCAAGAACACCAAAGAGAAGGUAGCCGACACAUCUGAGCACGGCUACGACGCCACAGUCGACACCACCAAGAACACCAAAGAGAAGGUCGCGGACACGGCCAAGCACGGCUACGAUGCCACAGUCGACGCCGCCAAGAACACCAAAGAAAAGGUUGCCGACACCGCUGAGAACACCAAAGAAAAGGUCGCGGACGCAGCCAAGCACGGCUACGACGCCGCCAAGAACACCAAAGACAAGGUCGCCGACACAGCCAAAGACACCGCCACUGGAAGCGGGCAGUAUGCGGCAGAUAAGUCAGGUGAGAUGAAGGAGACGACAGAAGAGGAAUUGAGUUGGGCAAAGGAGAAGGCCAAGGAGGGUUAUGAGGCGGUCAAACAGAAGGCUGAGGCUGCUAAGGAAGCCAUUGCAUCUAAUCUCAAAUCACCCGAAGAAAAACCGAGCCAUCGCGAUGAGGAGCUCUAAAAUCCUCCAUCUUCCUCAUUAUCUAUUUAUGGCUUUUGGUGGACACAUAUCAUCAUCUUUUUUUGCUUGCUUGCUUGUUUAUACGACCCUUUUCUUUUGCUUGUAUCACCACUAUGUAUUUUCAUAUAUAACACAAUAAUAAAUAUAGUAGUUUAACUGAUCA